AUGAAGUGAAUGUCGAUGGAGAACGUUCACGCUCCUCGUUGUCGUCGAGGCAUGGAUGCAUUCCUGCUCUACCUUCUUCUGCUAGUGGGGAUUGCGAAGGGAUCAAACUAUGGCUACGUGGAAUGGUCGGAAAACGACAAAGAUCCCGAACUCAAGGCUAAAUACCCGGGUUACAGCACCGGGGAGACGAUGCACCAGCAGCCGACCGUGUCCAGCACCGAGCGGACGGCCGUGGCGCAUAAGCUCGAGGAGGAUCUGCCUCGGGUGGUCACCGCUUUCCUGCACACGGGGGACUCGUCCACCCUGGAGCAUGUCAGCUGCUCUCGGCGGUACGAGCUGAGCAGUCUCCGCGGUGGAGCUCACGCCGCCUCGCACUCCUCCCUCCACGGCGUCCUCGACACCAUGACGCACGCCACCAACAUCCUAAACACGCUCCUGCAGUCCAACAGCUCCAGGGAGCAGCAUCCGAGGAGGGAUGUCCAGUGGUACCACGCGCUCGUGACGAGUAUGUUGGAAGGGAAUCCUAAAAUCCACCGGGCGGUGCUCACAUUUCACACGGAGUCUCCCGAGGGGCAGAUGUUCCUUCAGGCGACCCGAGGAGAGGAGCGCAUAGUGCUCCAAGAUCUGUCCAACACCGCGCGUCAUAGCCUUAAAAACAGGACGUCUGAUUCCGACUGGUACAACGAGUUCCGGGACCGCAAGGGACCCCAGAGGCUGGCCAAAGGUCGAGGGUUUCCAGCAGCGCAGGACGGAUAUUUUCUGGACAGAAGUCGUGUCAAGUGGUCUGCGCCCUAUCUGGAGUGCGCGCGCGGCAGGUUUGUGCCGCACUGGCUGCUGACGCUCUCCGCCGGUCUCUACGGUCUGAAGAACACCACAGCGCCGGAGUUCAGAGGAGUUGUGCGGGUGGAUGUUAAUCUGCAGGAUGUGGACAUUGACCAGUGCUCCAGAAGCGGUUGGUUUGCAGGAACUCACCGCUGUAACUUGACAACUAUGGAGUGUAAACCGAUCGCAGGCCAUGGAUUUGUGCUGGACAAGUACAAGUGCCAAUGCAAGAGUGGUUUCUAUCACCAAAGCCAAGUGGUGCUCAACGGCUUCUCAAAAUCAGACCGGGAACCGUACACGGAUCAAUCCUGGGAACCGUCCGGGAGGUGUUUGCCCUGUCGAGAAGGCUGUCCGUUCUGCACGGGUGACACACCGUGUGUGGCUCAGGAGGACAUGGCCCUCCGUCUCGCCAUGGUCUCCUUUCAGGGCUUCUGCAUGCUCCUGGAUCUCAUCAGCAUGGUGGUCGUCUACCACUUCCGUCGCAACAAGAGAAUCAAAUCAUCUGGUCUUAUACUUCUUGAAGCGAUACUUUCAGGAUCGGUACUUCUGUACUUCCCUGUUAUGAUACAGUACUUUAAUCCAAGUGUUUUCCGGUGUAUUCUCCUGAGAUGGGCCCGUUUGCUUGGAUUUGCUAUCGUCUACGGAACAGUGAUUCUCAAACUGUACAGGGUUUUAAAGGUGUUCCUGUCCCGCUCUGCCCAGCGGAUCCCGUACAUGACCAGCUGGAGGGUUCUGCGUCUGCUUGCUGUAAUUUUGCUGGUGGUCGUGUGGUUCCUCGUGGCCUGGACCUCAGCCAUAUGCCAGAGCCCUGAUACCCAUGAUGCCCUCAUCGACAUCGGUUUCACCCCAGAGGGCCUGCAGUUCAGCAUGUGCCUGUUGGACAGCUGGGACUACAUGAUGGCUGCUGCGGAGUUCCUGUUCCUGCUGUGGGGUGUCUAUUUGUGCUAUGCCGUGAGGACCGUUCCCUCUGCUUUCCACGAGCCUCGCUACUUGGCCAUCGCCAUAUAUAAUGAACUCCUCAUCUCUGCAAUAUUUCACAUCAUUUGGUUCUCUAUCGGCAGUGGGCUGCAUCCAGACUGGAUGCUAAUGUUAUUUUUCAUCCACACACACCUGACAGUGACAGUUACUUUAGGAUUGCUUCUCAUUCCAAAGUUCUUGUUCACUGGAACUCAUACACGGGAAGAUAUAGCCACAGAAGCUUAUGAAGAUGAGCUGGAUAUGGGUCACUCAGGCUCCUGCCUGAACAGCAGCAUAACAUCUGCCUGGAGUGAGCACAGUCUGGAUCCUGAGGACAUUAGGGAGGAGCUCAAGAAACUCUACGCCCAAUUGGAGAUCUAUAAAAGAAAGAAGAUGCUGGCCAAUAACCCUCACUUACAGAAAAAACGCAGUUCCAAGAGAGGACUUGGACGGACACUAAUGCGCCGCAUCACAGAAAUACCUGAGACAGUGACUCGACAAUACAGCCGGGAAGAUCGAGAUGCAACUGACCAUGGAAGUAACAGAGGCACCCUGAGAAGAAACCCAUUUGAACCGUCUCACUCUGGGAAGUCAAGGGAAGAAUCGUUAAAAAGCAAGAUGUUCUCAUUGAAGAGAUCUCAUAGCUAUGACCAUACGCAUGACCAAGGUGGGGAAACUAAUGGUACUACUGAGACUUCUCUGCUUGACACCUUGAUGGGCCGGAGGUCCAACAAGAAGAACCCUGAGGUGCCAAAGGUAGAGUUAACUGAAUCUACCGAGUUAGUGCCCUUAGUGUGCAAGUCUGCCAGUGCACAUAACCUAGCAGCAGAAAAAAAGCCUGUACAUCUUAGGACUUCAGUGUUACAGAAGUCACUGUCUGUCAUUGCUAGCGCCAGAGAAAGGACACUGGGGAUUGCGGGGAAGACCCACAGUGUGGAAGAUGCCAGUAAAAAGGGUCUCAAAGCAAAGGACAGUGCUGCGCUUUCGGAAGUCAGUGAAUCCCCUGAGUGUUUACCAAAAAUGAUCAUCAGCCAGUCAGUUGAGUACACCAAAACACCUAGUAAGAUAGGCAUCAUGAAGCAGCAAGUGAGUGGCAGUCAGCCCUCCAUUUGUUCAGAACCAGGAAAGAGCAAGGACCUCUACGACCUCUCUGAGGUGUGCCCUUGGGAAGUGGAGGAGUUACCCACUCCAACAGAGGGAAAGUCCCAGAAGCACGUUUCCAUUGCCCCCACCGAAACCAAUAUGAUCCAUGGGAAUAGUGCAAAAAGUGGACACAAGUCUCAACACAAACAAAAAGGGUUAGGCCAAUCUCCAUCAAACCGGCGCCGCUCCAGAGAUAAGACUGGGGACAGGGAUGAAGGGAGGAAACCCAAAUCACCUCUCAACCUCAGUGCCCACAAAGACGCAAGUCCAUGGAACUUCGAAAAUCUACCGGUGCAACAAAUGGAGCCUGUAGGACUGUCCCCCGUGAGAACAAGCCGCAAGAAAAGUGUCACUCCCACGGAUGGAAAGCCCAAGAUCAUCCUCUCAGAUAUCUCCAAGUCCACUGGAAGCCUUUUGCAGCCUCCAGCUCUCAUGGUGGAUAUAUGCCCAUGGGAUUACGAUCCCACUCUGUCCCCCAAACAGGAAAACACUUGCAUCCCCACACAUCAUUCAAAUUCAAAGAGAAGAGAUUCUUGUUCAAAAAGAAAAGGAUCCUGCUUGUCCAAAGACAAAGCUAAGGAUAAAGAAGAUGACAAACGAACAUCCAAGAGUAAGGAGCGGAGAAGCUCCUCAAGCAAACCCUCCGAGAAGCAUCGCACAAGCCAGUCAUCAGAGGGAGACCAAGUUGCCACAGUGGCAUCUGGAAGGAGGAGGAGCUCUACUAGAGACUCCGGCAUCAGUAAGCAUGCUGACGUUUGCCCCUGGGAAACAGAGGUAUUGCCGAGUGUUACCUCAAAUGAUAAACAGCCUCCAACGACUGAGAACCACACAACUCGAACACCCUCCACUUACCUCAACAUGGCUGCAGUUUGUCCAUGGGACUUUGAUGAGAAGUUGUCAGGGAAAAGUGCAUGACACAGCAAUCACAAAAUUAGAGCACUCCAGUAGUGUUUCUAAGAUAAAAAUUAAAGCCUGUUCACACCAAGAAAGCUAACUGUAAUGAUGGUUUCCACACCAACAACAGACAAGAAUGUGCGCUGCAGUUAUAUCAUCUGCCACCUUAAAUGCUCCUUGAAGUUGGGUGAAUUCUUUUUGGCUGUCAAUGUUUUUUUCUUUAUCAUUCAUCAGCUAAAAAUAACAUCAUUCUAAAAGUGAUAUUGCUGUGGUGUGGAAUUUGCAUAUAUUUAAAACAAUUAUUAAAACUUUUUAAAAAGUUUUCAGUAAGUUUCCAUAUAUACCAAGUAAAACACUUUUUCAUAAGUUUUCAAUUCUUAUUAAUGUAAAAUGUAAAAGUUUCAUUCACAAAAACCGGCUUCCAGUUGAAAUAAAAUGGAAAUGGCUUCCAACUGAAAUAAAAAUAUAGUGCCUUGCAAAAGUAUUCAAACCCCUCUCAUUUUUCAGUUUCACGCUUUAUAGUAAGUUAUUUAUUUAUUUAUAUAUUUUUAUGUGACAUUUCUUUCAUUAUAUUUCAUUUAAAAAAACAUAACACAGUGGAUGUCCCAGUGGCACUUCUGUUUCAGUGAUCAGGAAGUGUUUAGGCAAUGCAAUGUUCAACACCUAAAUAAUACCAACAAUCUCUUUAAGAAUUACUUCAUUAUUUUUUUCUCACAAACCUUUUUGAAAAUUAAUACUCUAGUUUUUCAAAUCAGUAAAUAAGGCACUUUGUUUUGGGUGUUUGAAGACCUUCACAUGGCACAGUUAGAGAGAGUGGGGUAAGA